GCGGAACACGCGGAGUUUUCAUGAUUUUCAGAUACUUAGGCUUGCGGAGUUAGCGGAGCGGAGCUGGGCCAUUUAUUCUAUGUGGUAAGUUUUUUUUUUUUUUUCAAAGAGAGAGACGAUGGAUGAUACCCAGAGCCCAUCAUCAAUUGACCCAUCACCUUCCCGCAAGAGGAAACGGACUGCAUGUCAGGGCUGUAGAGACCGUCGUGUGAAGUGCGAUAACGGUCGACCAGCCUGCCAGUCCUGUCAGAAGGUGAAACUCCCCUGCGUCUACCCCGACGAGGAUGGACCUGGGAGCGCAUCAAGGUACGAUCCCGGGUCGGUGGAAAUCCUCCAACAGUUGCGUGAUAUUAGAGCAAUACUCGACCUUGUAUAUCGCGAACAAAAGACCCAGUCCGCAUCCUCUCCGUCUGCACAUCAAACACAAACACACCGCCACCACCCGCAAUCGAUCCUGGGCUCUAGUACCAGCCACUCGACUCCGGUCGCUUUCAGUAGUCGGCCAGCCGGUAUCCAUCACUGCAGUGAAUAUGGAUCAAGUAUAAGAAGUGUGGCCGGCGAAAGGCCACCCUUAGUUUUCGCGGGGAUCGGCGCUGAGUCCCUUCUUCGAUGGCCUCGAGUAAUAGAGAUCCUGGGCAGUCAGAUCCCGACUCAGUCAUUUGUACUUGAGUAUACGGUCAAUACAGAUGAAGCAGGCUGUGCGUCGACUUCGGAGCGCUCACGGUACGGUAUCCGUGAGGAUGAUUUUCUGCCCUUGUGUCGCCGAUUUCUCAAUCUCGUCCAUGUGCGGAACCCGAUUCUGGAGCCGAGCGACAUGGAACAGUACGCCAAAGAAGCAUCUGAGAAUGGGUUGAAAUGGGAUGCCAAGUCUUGUUUAGUGCUGUUAGCUUGCGCUCUGGGGUGUCUGGCAUCUCCUGGGUUUACAGAAGGAUCGACACUGCUCCUAAACCCAGUUGACGAUAGUUUACCUAAAGAUCAUGUUGAAUAUGAGCGAGCGGAGGCCUACUUUCAAGCAGCAAGCAAGCGGAUCGGCUACUUAGGCACCGGGCUACCAGACAUCCAGUGCCUUUACCUAGCAGGGAUAUACGAGAAACAUAUGCUACGAAUUCUCCAGGCGUGGUUUUGGACACAACAGUCUUGCGCCAGAUUACAUGCGUAUCUUCUGUGCAAAGGAACCCCGGUAUCAAGGGUUGACGGAUCUAGCCAAAAUGAUCACCGACUCGAGCAGCGUCUUUACUGGUCCUGCAUCAAGGCAGAAAGUGAAUUCAUGCGCGAUAUUCCUCUACCACGCAGUGCCCUCAUUGAGCUGAAAUACCCUGAUUCGUUCCCCUCGCCGCCUCUAGGUCCUUCUCGUCCCGAUGAAAGCAAGGAUACUGCAGAUAGCAGAGACGGGCCACUCAGCGAAAAUGAAGAGCGAAGCUGGCUGUUCUAUCUGGCAGAGCUAGCUUUGCGACGGACUUUGGAUCAAGCGCUGCCCCUGUUUUAUGUCCGGGAAGGCCCUACCACAUGGCUUCAGAACAUCGAUUACAUUGUUAAGCAGUCGAGCCACGUAGAAGAACAGCUGGACAUAUGGUACAACCAUUUACCCCCCGCUAUCCAGCCUGAUCUAGACCCGGAUAUCUCCCCAGAUGACCAGCUCCCGUUCUUUCUGCAGGGGCGACUAAUGGGUGCCCGGGAGGCGAUAUACCGCCCAGCUCUCUACUAUAUCCUCCACCACAAUGGGAGGGGGGGCGCCGAUAACUGGUCAGCGGUCUUGCCUCUUGCCAUUGAGUGCGUUCGACUCGCCAGGGCCAUGAUUAAGCAUUAUGCCCGGCAUAAGCGACAUGGAGGAAUCUGGUUCGCGCUCCGAGCUGUUUGGACUCAGUCUAUCAUUAUCCUCGCCACCGUGAACGCUGGGAUUGACUACCUGGAGCCACCAGCCGAUUGGCUAGAGCUGGUUCGGAUGUCGUUACAGAUGCUUCAGCAGUGGGGGUCGGAGUCGGCAGAUAUUAGGUCUAUGUAUGACGUGCUCGUGCGGGCAUUCUUAGCAACGACCAUCAAAUUGGGGAUUCGAGAAGACGAAAUCUUAACACCCGGUGCCUGAUUUAUGUAAAUCGGUCUGGUAUCGUUUGUGUCAAUAGCAGUACAACUGUAGAAGUGCACAGACAGAAUAAUAUACGUCCCGUCUCAGUCUAUCUACUCGGAUAGGCGGUAAUCUUG